AUGGCUCCCCACAUCGUUACGAAACCGACUAUCGACGAGCUCUCGAUCGCACUCGUGGAUCUCGUGGUUGAAGAAUCUAGGAAGGCCAUCAAUGCACGUGACAGAUUCACCAUUGGCCUUUCCGGUGGAUCUUUACCAAAGGUUCUUGCAACGGACCUAAAGGACAGGGAGGACGUUGAGUGGGACAAGUGGCAGGUAUUUUUCUGUGACGAAAGACUCGUUCCACUGGACAGCGAGGAUUCCAACUACUUGUUAUGUAAAAGAGAAUUAUUUGAUCAUGUACCCAUUCCGCCCGAGAGGAUUCACACCAUCAACAAUGAGUUGAUACCAAAAGAUCAAGACGCGUUUACCGAAGAGGUGUCGCAAGAGAUAAUUGACGAUUACGAGAAACAGCUCAUCGAAGUAUUCGCAUGCGUGAACGCGGUGAAAUUCCCCGUCUUUGAUUUGUUACUAUUAGGUAUUGGACCGGAUGGACACACUUGUUCGCUGUUUCCUGGACAUUCCUUGCUGGAUGAGAGUUCCUUGUGGGUUGCUUACAUCGAGGAUUCCCCAAAGCCACCACCCAGAAGGAUCACAUUCACCUUACCGGUGAUCAAUCAUGCUCAUACUGUGGCCUUUGUUGCGACUGGAGCAGGAAAACAAGACGUCUUGUGCAAGAUAUUGGAGGAGGAUGGAAAGGAUUUACCUGCACAACUGGUCAAACCUUCUCACGGAAGGUUAUAUUGGUUCUUGGAUGACAAGGCGGCUGCCAAGCUCACGAGCAAAUGA